AUGUCUGAUGUAGACGAGGCUAAUGAGUUUGUUGAAGUCUUAAAAUUGCCGCAAGCUCCAAUUGACAGGAUAAUUAAGGAAUGCCUACCUGCCGGAUUUCAUGCAAGCAAGGUAGGAAUGCGUUGCGUAUGACGUUUACUUCAAUCAUCAGGAGACUCGAACUGUAUUCGCUCGUGCUGUCGCCGUUUUCGUUUUGUGUCUGGGAACGGCAGCCUCAGAUAACGCGAAAUUGGGGAAGAGGAAGACGAUCAAUGUGAAAGAUGUUAAGAAUGCUCUCCGAAUGAUGCGGCUAGACUUGCCCGAGAUCGAUGAACUGGUAGGAAAAAUGUCGUUUUGAGUCAUACUUUAAAAUUUAGGUGGAAAGGUUUAUAGAACAGCUGGAGACAGAGAAGGUCAGCAAAGCCGAUCAGACUAAGAACAUUGAACAUGACCACGAAGAAGAGCUCUUUAAUGACAUUGUGGAAAAUGAUAGCAUGAAUGAAACGGACACUAGGGAGACCUCUGAAGUGCACCUUGAAUAG